GACAGACCAGCAUGAAGGGGUGCAAGUGGCCGUUGAUCUGAAUUGUUUUUGCAUCAAAACCCACUUGAUCUCUUCCGUUGCAGCCAUGGGAUGAACUUGGACUUGGCCUUUUGAACCCGUCUCUUAAAUUCUGUUUCUCGCGCAGAGCGUUUUUCUUUCCCCCCACACCAGGAUGCAGCCAGAAUGGAGGGCCCUUGGAAUUCCGCGUCCAUUGCACCCCCGAGAACCCGACGCCGACAUUCUGCCCGCCCUUUCUACCUUGUGUUGACGGUGAUCCUAGUCCUCGCCACUGCAACCCUCUUCAUACCUUCCUCGAUCAAUGCAGGUGGUUCUGCAAAACUAUCAAAAAUACAGAGAAGAUGGGAACUAGAGCCUGCAGCAUUGCUGAACGAUGAACAUGAUAGGUGUCGCCUCGUUCACAAGGCCCAGGACAAAUGUGCGUUCGUCCUCGCGAACUGUGACGACCACGAAGUCGGGCUCCUGUCCUAUCUCCAGCUAUAUUACUGCAGACUCCCGCAGACGAAACCCUUGGCAUUCGUUAUCAUAGCUCUAUGGCUGUCCCUUCUUUUUAGUACCAUUGGGAUUGCCGCCAGUGAUUUCCUUUGCGUGAACCUCAGUACCAUAGCAAGUAUCCUCGGAAUGAGCGAGAGCUUGACUGGCGUGACUUUUCUGGCCUUUGGGAAUGGCAGUCCUGACGUUUUUUCCACCUUCGCGGCUAUGAGCUCGAACAGCGGCAGCUUGGCUAUCGGUGAAUUGAUCGGAGCCGCUGGCUUCAUUUCAGCCGUUGUGGCGGGCUCGAUGGCUUUGGUAAGACCCUUUAGAGUGGCGCGACGGAGUUUCGUCCGUGACAUCGCAUUCUUCACAUGUGCGGCCACGGUCAGUUUGGUAUUCAUAGCGGAUGGCAAGCUCUAUAUAUGGGAAUGUGUCCUGAUGAUCGGUUUUUACAUCUUCUAUGUGGUGACCGUUGUGACGUGGCAUUGGUAUCUGGGUCGUCAAAGACAGAAACGUGAAAGAGACUUAAUGGCCAGGGCGCACUUCCAUAUACCUCAGAAUCAGGAAUUGGAUAUUCAAGAAGUGCCGGAAGACGAAGACGCCCCUAUGGCGGCAGCGCAACGCUCACUUCUUGGGCCAUCUGAAGAAGAUUUCAAUGCAUUGGAGAGAUCCGAAGUUCCACGCUGGAAGGUCGAAGAUGAGGAUGAUGACGAGACGCGAGAUCGAUGCCUUGCGGAAUUGCAGGGAAACAUGCGCGUUAGCAGGGCUCCUGCUGGACAGAGAGGAGCCGCAAUGGGCCCGAUCCGUCCAAGCUUAGUCGGCGCAUUGGAAUUUAGAUCCGUUCUCUCCUCUCUUCGACGGUCGCAGAGUUUUCAGUCCGGUCGGAUUCGCUUACAAAGGUACUCUGACGAUCCUGGUUAUCCGCAGACUCUCCCUGACACCUUAAAUCCUCCAACGCCAUAUGUCCACGGUCGAGCACGAGCUGUCUCGGCGAACCCUCCCGUCCGGGUUCAUUUACAUGGUACCCAGCAAGGCGGAACCGCGUCGGAAAGAGCUUCACCUAUCGCAUCGCGCCGACUAGGUUAUCACUCCCCCACAUCUGCAGGCCGAGAUCAUCUGCUUUUCGCAUCACCUACCUCAUCAGGAUACCCCUCAAGAUCUCAAAGCCCACUACCGGGAGAGCGAAGUGAGACACCCAAUUUCCUGGCCCCCCCGGAAGGGCUCUUUCGGCCUCCGAAUUAUCACAGUGAAAGGGGAGACGCACACGGCAGGGAGAGUCCUAUUCCAGCGUCCCCACUCUCUCCGCAUGCAAACCCACCAAAUAUGACUUCAACAAGUGGCGCCUGGUCUACAGGCUCUCACAGCCCUACCGUUUCAUUUCCGCCAUAUCAAGACGACGAUGCUGCUUCGGAUCGUUCUCGAAUCCCUAGCGUGAGGUUGUCUCUAGAAAGGCGGUCUGCUGGAUCGGUGUGUACGUCAGAACAGUAUAUUCACAGCCAUCAUGAAGAAAGACCGUUGGCAUGGUGGCCAUAUCGUUAUAUGCCUCCACCUUAUCUCCUAAUGUCUACGCUGUUCCCAACUCUGGUUGGUUGGAGAGAAAAGUCAAUCUGGGAACAGUUCCUGGGAAUCACUGCUGCUCCGAGCGUAUUUUUUUUGACAAUUACAUUGCCAGUUGUUGAACUUCCAGAAGCGGAAUCGGAAGACGAAUACAUACCUGUGCUCGCCUCGCCGUUAUUAUUACCGAGCGAGAAUCCUAGGAUAGAGAGCCCAGACUUGUAUCCUAUCGAUUCCAUCGAGGGUGAUACUGAAACUCGCCUCGAUCCGCCUAUGUUAAAUGGCCCGCAAAGCGAUGAUAACGACUCCGAAGACCGACGACCAAAGCUUCUUCUGCAAGUACAUUCAUGUCAUCGACAAGACUCCGAAGCCCCCGUUUUGCCUGCUCAACUGGAACAGGGCCCUUCAGUUCCCAAGCCAUGGAAUCGCUGGCUUCUUACUCUCCAACUCAUCACCUCACCUUUCUUCAUCACGUUGACUGCCUGGGUUAACCUUGACUCAGAUAUGAACGGACGAAACCUGCUUAUACCUGGGCUUGUCUCCCUGCUCGUAUCCGCCCUCCUCCUCACCUUCCUAAUAUUCACAACUACACCCACAACGAAGCAACUUCCUACUCGUGCUCGCCCAUUUGUAGCCUUUCUCGGCUUCUUGGUAUCCAUCGCUUGGAUUUCCACUCUCGCGACGGAGGUCGUGAAUGUGUUGAAAUCCAUUGGUGUUAUUCUCAGCAUCAGCGACUCUUUGCUCGGACUUACUGUCUUUGCUGUCGGGAACUCCCUUGGCGACCUUGUCGCCGAUGUCACUGUCGCUAGAUUGGGAUACCCUGUGAUGGCCCUCAGCGCAUGCUUCGGAGGACCUAUGCUCAAUAUCCUUAUUGGCAUCGGUGUUGGUGGGUUAUAUAUGACCCUCAGCCCGAAUCAACCGUCAAGCACUUUCUCACCUACUCCUUCCGGCUUGAAUGCACUCAUAGCACGAACUAUAUCAGCCUCUCGGGAGCCAUAUCGUAUCUCUGUUUCGAAGAGUUUACUCGUCAGUGGCGCGAUGCUGUUGGCUACGCUCCUGGGCCUGCUCAUCGUUGUACCGCUUAAUGGCUGGAGGAUGGACCGGAAAAUCGGACUAGGCUUGGUGAUGCUGUGGUGUGUCAGUACACUCUCUAAUGUAAUUGUUGAGAUAUUUUCAUGA